CUCUCCCUCUGUCUCUGUCUCUCUGCUGGCGGAGUGAUACAAAAAGCAAAGCCGUCGUGGUGCUGCGGCUCGUGCUAAGCAGAAAUGCCUGCCUAAGGGAAAGUCGUUAGUGAUAUAGAUAUAUAUAUAUAUGUAUAUAUAUCUAUAUCUAUAUCAUACAUUUAUACAUAAACAUAGAGAGGACAAGUGUCUCAGGCGUUGACGCCGUUUAAAGCCACAGUUCGCGUGUUGAGGUGUUUAGCACGGACAGGCCGUCACAGAUCACCCUAGUCUGGAUUUGAAUCGGAAAAAGGUUUUUCCAGAACGUCAGUAUGAAUCCUCAGCAGCGGAUCGCCGCUCUCGGAACAGAUAAGGAAUUAAGUGACUUGCUGGAUUUCAGUGCGAUGUUCUCUCCACCUGUCAGUGGAGGGAAGAUCAGACCCACCACACUUGGCAGCAGUCAGUUCAGUGCGUCAGGUAUGGACGAGCGGAGCAGCCACACAUCCUGGACCACAGCUGGUGACUCCAGUCCGUCGUGUGAGAGCUCGAGGGGUUUUGCAGACAGCCCUCAUUACAGCGAUCAGCUGACUGACAGUCGGUCAGUGUCCCAUGAAGGAUUGUCUUCACCGCCUUUCAUCAAUUCAAGCAUCAUGG